CGUAUGUUUACCAAUAUGGCGUUAACGUGAACACGUGCGUUUGUUUUGGAACAGUUCAUGGGGUGUAAACUACUUAUGUUAAGAUCUUCACAGAAGCAUGAGGAUGAUGGAUGAACAGCCGCCAAGCAAAAGGCGAAAGUUUAACUUUACAAAUGUCCAGUUUAAAGACAGGGACAAAGACAGAGACAAAGUGAACAAACUGCGAGAAGAGAGAAAGAAGCUCCCCAUCUUUCCUGCACGCUCCCGUCUUGUACAGGAAGUGAGGAAACAUGACAGUGUCAUCGUCAUCGGGGAAACUGGAAGUGGAAAAACAACACAAAUACCUCAGUAUCUGCUCGAGUGUGGUGUACACCAUGGCAAGCUCAUUGCAGUUACACAGCCUCGACGAGUGGCAGCCAUCACAGUGUCUCAGAGGGUCGCCCAGGAGAAGAACAGUGAAGUGGGAACACUGGUAGGCUACUGUGUGAGGUUCGAUGAUAUGACGACAGACAGCACGAAGAUAAAGUACAUGACAGAUGGCAUGCUGCUGAGAGAGGCCAUCUUGGAUCCGCUCAUGAACAGGUACUCUGUUGUGAUCCUGGACGAAGCACACGAAAGAACGAUACACACAGAUGUUUUGUUUGGGGUUGUGAAAGCAGCUCAGAGGAACCGAAAGAAGAAGGGGCUAAAGCCUUUGAAGAUAAUAGUGAUGUCAGCUACGAUGGAUGUGGACCACUUCUCUACCUACUUCAACCAAGCACCUGUUCUCUACCUCGAGGGGCGACAGUUUCCAGUCCAGGUGUUGUACUGCUGUGAGCCCCAGAGUGACUACCUGUUUACCUCCCUUGUCACACUCUUCCAGAUCCACAGGGAGCAGCCUGCCGGUCAAGAUAUUCUGAUAUUCUUGACGGGUCAAGAAGAGAUUGAAUCUGCUGCCAAGUCAAUACAUGACAUCUCGCGGGACAUGGUUGGCGAGGCCCCACCACUGGUUGUCUGCCCUUUGUAUGCAGCCCUGCCAGCACCUCAACAGCUCAAGGUCUUCCAGCCAACACCAAAAGGCUCAAGAAAAGUGAUUGUAUCAACCAAUAUUGCGGAAACAUCUGUCACCAUCCAUGGUGUGAAGUUUGUCAUCGACUGUGGAAUGGUGAAGGCCAAAGUGUUCAACCCCCACAGUGGUCUCGAUUUGUUGAGGGUGGUGCGGGUAUCUAAAGCGCAGGCACUACAGCGGACGGGGCGGGCUGGUCGAGAGGCUGCAGGAUCGUGCUACCGCAUCUUCACAGAAAAACAGUUUGAGUCCCUGAAAGACAACACAGUGCCGGAGAUCCAGAGGUGUAACCUGUCCAGUGUUGUGCUCCAGAUGCUGGCUCUCGGUAUAUCAGACAUCAUAAAGUUCGACUUCAUGGAUAAGCCAUCAAUUGAAUCAAUAGUCUGUGCCUUAGACAAUCUUAUCUUACUUGGAGCUAUUGAGAAGAAGGACAAAAUACAGCUAACCCCAGUAGGGAGAAAAAUGUCUGCCUUCCCUCUUGAACCACGACUGUCAAAGGUCAUCCUCAUGGCGAAAGAAUAUCACUGUCUGGAGGAGAUACUGAGUAUUGUGUCCUUGCUGUCUGUGGACUCCAUCUUGUUUACCCCCCACAGUAAGAGAGAAGAGGCUCUUGCAGCAAGGAAGAAGUUCAUCUCCAGUGAAGGAGACAGCAUCACGUUGCUCAACAUCUACAAGGCAUACAAGGGGGUCGGGGGAAACAAGGAUUGGUGUCGGGAGAACUUCAUCAACAUGCGCAACAUGAAGACGGCGCUGGAGGUGCGGCGGCAGCUGCGUGACAUCGUGCAGCGUCAACAACUACCGAUACAGUCAUGUGGACAGGACACCACCGCCAUUAGACGGUGCCUGUCCACGGGUUUCUUCAUGAACGCUGCUGAGCUGCAGAGGACUGGCGACUACAUCACUCUGUCAGUGAGGAAGACUGUGUCCAUCCAUCCGUCCUCCGCAUUGUUCCAGUGCAAGCCUGCCUAUGUCCUGUAUAAUGAGCUGGUUCAGACUUCCAAGUGCUACAUGAGAGAUCUGACUGUAGUUGAUCCUGAUUGGCUGUCUGAGGCAGCACCUGUCCUCUUCAAGAAGAAAGCUGCUGCCGCCUCCGUAACAUAAUACAUCCCAUGUGGGGGAUACGAGGAUGUGAUACGACCAUGAUGUACCGGGGUGGUACACCUGUGACUGGCUGAUGAUACUGAGAGAUAGGCAGAGUGAGAUGGGAUUGGGGAGGGGAGGGUAACAUGGGGAAUACCUUCUGUGGGCUGGAUUAUCAUGAAAGAUUAUGUGCAUACUUAAUGAUGUCAAGACUGGCCAGAGACAGAGGGGAUGGGGGAAGUACGACCAAUGCAUCCAUCCUCUGUUGGAUGGUAUCUCAUGUAAGAUGAUACACACAUAACAUUAUCAAAAAAGGAGUGAAGAAAUAGAUUUUUGAGUAUACUUUUUCAUCUUGUAAAUAUUUUCAAAUUGCUAAGGAGUAAAAGUUUUUGAUGUGACAGUAUUCCUAUUGAGAUAAAUAAUGAAUGACUUGCCAGUCGGUGGAACUAGGUUUCAGGGAUACCUAUGCUAUUUAUGAAGAGUAUGUUAGUGUAAUAUGUUCUACAUUAGCUGUAGCAUGUUACUGAAAGGUCGAGUUCCCAUUGUGUGUUGUAUAUAUGUAAAUAAACCAUGUAUACACGAAA